AUGGACGAGCAAAGAUCGAAAGCUGUCACUGAGGCUUUUGUAAAGUUACACAAGGGCUUAUUUAUCUACAGAGAUCUCCGGCUAGUUCAAUGGGACUGUCUUCUAAGAAGAGCUUUGUCUGCGCUUGAGGUUGAGCAUAUUGACAUCAAAGAAAGAACACCAAUGAAAGUUUCUGGGUAUGAGAAGCUAGUAGAGUUUGGUUUUAUCACUUCGUUUGCUUACCCUCUCGAGAGAGGAGAAGGUCAGUUUGUUGUUGUUGCUAGUACUAGGGUGGAAACAAAACAAUGCUCGGUGAUACCGCCAUUGCUGUACAUCCCGAUGACGCAAGAUACAAGCAUCUUCACGGCGAGUUUGCUGGGCAUCCAUUCAAUGUGUUGA